AGUGCUGUCUCUCCGACGCGCCCACCGCGCCAUCGUGCGUCAUGCUCGUGUUGGACACAAAGAAGCCCAAGUUCCUGUACUGCCGCGUCGGUGACAGCCUCUGGUCUGUGCAUGAGUACGACAUCGGCAACGUGAAGCUGCCACCCGAGUAUGCGCCGCCAAGAAAGCUCGUCAUCCAGCAGACGGCGGCGGUGGACGGAAAGUUCUAUUUCGGAGAGACCGGAAAAGCUGGGGGUCAUCGAUUUCUCGCCGGCAACGCCGGAGUUCAGCUACGCCGACCGCCCGUGCCCCGAGUUCCCGGAUGGAUCCAACUGCCUCAGCGAGCUACUGGUGGAGUCACGCGGAGAAUUGUUCAGCGUCUACAUCUGUCUCAAGGGAUUCACACCCGAGAUCUUGACGGUGCGCGUCUACAGGAUCUAUCUAUCAGGCCGGCCAACUCUUUCCAAGGUGGACGACUUGGGCGAUAGGGUGCUCCUAUUGAGUUACACCAACGUGCAGCUACUGUGCUCGGCGAGCAAGUAUGGGGUCAAGGGGAACCGCGUCUACUUCAACCACAAUGUAAUGGGUGACAUGGACGGUGGGCUGCUAUGCAUCUUCGACUUAGACGAACAGAGCUUGAAGACUCUGCGGUCGUGUCCAGAGAUGGCGGAGCUUCUGCGCAAUCCUUUGUGGAUGCUGCCAACUGAUCAAGACAGCACCCGCGGCGCGGAUAAGUAGUAGCGAGAACUAGUCUCUACUUAAGAAAAACUCCAGUCUCUAGGGAAUAGCAAUAAGGCCAGCAUCAAGCAUGUUCUAACCUUUCCGUGUUGCUUCAUAGUAGUCGUCUUUAUCAAUUUCUUCGAGUGGUGACUACAUUGUUUGCCUUAAACAUUUUCGGUGUUAUAAUA